AUGAUUGUUCUAAAUUUGUUACUCGUUAUUUGUAUAAAUGUAUUAAUAACUAUUUUGUUAUUCAUUUUUCAAGAUGUUUGGAAAUCCUACAGGUUUGGCAAGGAGGAGAUCUUCCUCCUCAGGAUCACAAGGGCAACACAAUCUUAAUCACCCGCAGUUGUUUACUGAUAGUGGCAUAGCUCCAAAUAUACAACAAACGAUUGAUCCAUUAAUGGAUUAUAAUUUUGCACCUGAUAAUGAGAAGGAGGGCCCUUCAUCCUCGACGGGGAAAAAAGGACAAAGCAGGAAUUUAAAAGGAAUACACCCUCCAGAAAAUAGAGAGAGCAGGAAAUGGGUUAAACUCAUUGAUGAUAAGCUCCAGUUUGCUGAUCCAAACAUCCCUCGGGCUAUCACUUCAUUAUGGAAGUCACGUUUUGAUGACCUGUAUUUCACAUACGAGCGUGUCCCCCAAAGUAAGAUUGUUGAAAUUUAUAAUUGUUUCAAGACACUUUACCAGUGGGAUCCUGCAGAUAAUCGCCAUGUGCGAGUUGCAUUCCUGAAUUGUAUGAAACAUAGAUGGAGUGACAAUCUCAAGGAUAAGAAGUUGAAAUGGCACAAGAACUCAGCCUAUGUCCCAUGUUGGAUCCCAACUCAUAUAUGGCCUCAGUUGCUGACAUAUUGGGACUCUGAUGAAUAUAAGAGGCUCAGUGCAAGGGGAGCAAAGAAUAGGAGCUCUGGGGAGAGGGUGACUCACACCACUGGGUCCAUUAGCUUUGGCAUCCAUGAGAUGCGGAUGGAGAAAUUAAAGGAGACACACACCUUCAGAAAAAAGGCAGGAAAGGAUCAAGAGCUAGCGUGGAUCAAUGAAAAAGCAAAGCAUCGAUAUGUAAAGUGCAGAGAGAGUCAUGGCUCCGAUGCUAGUUCAUGGCCACGCAUGGAUAAUGAGGCAUGGGUUAAGGCUGUUGGAGGUUGCUCAUCUAAUUUCAUGCCAGGGAUUGGCUCCCAAGUAAAUCCAGAGAUGGUUGGUUUUACUUAUAGGAAGAGAAAACCUCGAGAAAACUUAAUAGCAGCAAUGACGGUGUCUAACUAUGAGGAGGCAUCAUCAAAACAAAGUGAGGAGUUAGAAAGACAAUGCCAACAAAUUGCUCUAAUGCAACAGCAGUUGGCCAAUAUGACACAAGCUCAGAAUAAUAUGAGCCAGACAAUUGCACAAUCUGUUGCAGUAGCUCUAGCCACUCAUGGCAUCUCCCCUCACGCAAGUCAUCAUCUAGUUGCCCCACCACAACUGUCACAUGGUCCUGGCUCAGGUCUUCGCAUGAAUUUAGCUUUCACCUACUGCAUUGAUUCUACACAAACCUUGAAAUCCCAGCAGCUACCCCAAGCCAAUUCCUAAGAUAUAAAACUCAUUCUAUUCC